AAGGCAAGACUGCAGCAGGAGAACAGCUACAGUAUUCACAGCGUUUAUUUCUUACAUAAUAUUUUACCCUGGGAUAGGAACCCCCAACAGCUUCCCCCAUUCAACGCGGAGCUUCCUGCCCGUUUGAAGAGUUUGCAAAGAAACCCACAGACUCUUGCCUGACCCAUGUCUCAAUCCAGGAAGAAAGCGAUUAUAUAAGCAAAGUUAUAUAGUGCGGGAGGGGGGCCCGGCUACGCCAGCAAAGGCUCCUGGACAUUACUGACUCCCAGAAGUUCCUGCUACCCAUUGAAGACGGGCGUUCAUAGCUGAGCGCGGACUUCAAAGAAGCCCGGCCACCUUAAGCGCCCACGUUUGGAGUGCAGCGUCGGAUCUGCUGGCGGGGAGGACUUAACCCUUGCCUCUGUGUUCCACUCCUCCACUGACCAAGAAGUAGUGUGUUAAGUUUGAAUGCAGAAGACACAGAUUCCAACCUCAAGCUGUGAAGCUCAGUGGAUGGCCUUAGGUAGGCUACAUCCCCUGGUUCUCUGCGGCUGAAUUUAGUAACACAGGCUGGCCAAACUGACUGCAGUGUGAAGCAGAUCGAAUAGCACACCCCUCUCCGUCUCUGUGGAAGCUCCUAACCACUGCCCGUGGCCUGCACUGAACCAUGGCUGCUUCUGUCCUCUGGGCAAUCGACUAUGAGGUUUAUGGGGAAGUCCAGGGUGUCUUCUUUAGAAAGUACACAGAAGAGCAGGGGAGGAAGUUGGGAGUGGUUGGCUGGGUGAAGAACACUGCCCACGGGACAGUGACCGGACAAGUGCAAGGGCCCAAGGAGAAAGUGGAGAUCAUGAAGAACUGGCUACGCAGCGUAGGAAGUCCCAUGUCUCGUAUUGACCAGGCUGUGUUCUCCAAUGAGAGGGAGAUCAGCACCCUUGAGUUCCAGUCCUUCACCACCAAAUACUAGAGCCUGCUGGCUGUCAGGAUGGGAUGUCCACCUCCAAGAACAAGGAGGGAUACUCCGCUCAGAAGGAAGCACCACUCUCCCUUUCUGGGACAGGCUGUGCUGCUGAUGACCGAAUUUGACUGUGUUCUAGGCCCAUGGCACUUCAAGUACCCUUUUGGAUCCUUCCAGCUGCUAGCUAUAUGGAAAGUACCAGUUGCUCACUGGUGUCUAUAAAGAGGUUGUAAGCUCUUUUUGUUGCUUUCCAUCACUUGUGAAGGUGGCAGAGGCAGAAAAGAGAAAAAUCAAUUGGAGGGGCCUUGCCUACAUCCGUCUCUCCAGGAGACCUUCCACAAUGUUACUUUCACAAUGUGUUCAUGAGCACUAUUGGAUGGUCUUUGAACCCUCUUUCGGACAACCAUAGGGAUAAAAGGCUUUUGAAUAACAGGUAGCUCCUCAGUUACACACUUGCUCAUUAGAGCCAGGCUGUUCUCCCCUUCACAUCAGUGCCCCACUCAGAAGAAUAUUGGCUCAUUAAAUAUUAUCUUAAGGAAGAAAA